AUAUCAUGGCGAAAAAUUGUAUGUGAAGCUGUCGUUCUUUCUGAGCAAUGAUGUUGAUUAUCUAUUGUUGAGCUUAUAAAAAUAUUGAUUUAACAUCCUUAUAAUGUAUUCGUUUUUCAAAUACCUAUGUCAGUGAUUGAAGUUACGGAUUUCAGUUUUGUAAAGAGGGUUUCUUAUACUGUUUUAUCUGUUCAUUAUAAAAAUUCCGUUGCAUGUUCUACGCCAUAAGUCAUCUUGCUGUUUCUAAGAAUUCAAUUGAAUAAUUAAUUCCGGGUCGAUUUUCCAUCAGACUUACAAAAAUGAUUGACCUAACAAUCAAGACAUUGGACUCACGUAACCACUCGUUCUCGGUUGCUGAUGAUAUAACUGUGAAACAAUUGAAGGAACAGAUAGCAGACUCUGUGAAUGUGUCGGCCGAGUCCCAGCGUCUCAUCUAUUGCGGUCGAGUUUUACAAGAUGACAAGAAAUUAUCCGAAUACGACGUUAAUGGCAAAGUAAUCCACCUGGUGCAAAGAGCACCGCCUCCGGCCGGAGGCAGCUCCAAUGAUGGGGGCGGUGCAAAUGCCAGCGGGGGCGGGAAUCGAAGCCAGCCGUCGCAGAUUCGCCACCGGUUGAUGCGCGGAGAGCGCCGUUUGCUGGAUGGGGGUAACGCCAUGUAUUUGGGAGCAAUGGCUAUACCCACUGAUUUUAUGGAGUCUCAAGGCAUGACAAUCUCGCAGCCGACUCGAGUGCUAGUGCAGAGCCGAUUGACUGCCGCCGGCCAAAUGCUGACUGACGCGGCGGCCAUUUUGAACGAGCUGGAAAACCCCUCCGCCAACACUCGGCCACGCUUGGACAAUGUGUCACCGCCCCAGGAGACUGCCACCCCCGGCACCAAUAGUGGGAGUAAUCAGGUUAGUGGCAGUAUAGCUGCAGCCGCACAAGUAGCCACAGCCGCUGCUAUAGCUGCUGCCGUAUCAGCCAAUAUACCCAAUGCCUCCGACCUACUUAACCUGGUUGCCGAUGAAGGCGACGACCAAAGUAGUCCUGAGGAAGCAGCAGCAGCAGCAGCAGCUCCAACGCCGAGCGGAGCAGCAGCAGCCGCGGUCGCAGCUGAUGCGGCCCAACAAUCAGCUGAUGCAGCCACAGCUGGAGCUGCAUCAGCUGCCGGAGCAACGGCUGGAGCUGCAUCAGUUGAUGCGAACCAUGUCAGCAGUACCACGCCCGAUCAGCCCGGUCGUCGCAGAGAUGGCAACUCCAAUCAUUUUGCUGAGGAUGUGGUGGGCGGAAGCCGCCGUCCGCAUCUGCGUCCGUCUGCGAUGGCGCGUGUGAUGGAGUCGCUCGCCGAUGUCAACCGACGUCUGCAGCCAUUCAUGGAGCGAGUGCAGACCAUCAUGCGCGACGAUCCUGUUCUCGAAUCGCCCGAGGAGACGCAGCGCAUGUACAAGCGUGUGUCGGAGGUGAUGCACUAUCUGUCGCACGCCUACCACGCGUUGAGUGACAUCAUGUGUGACUUCAGCCGACCUCCGCCCCGCGUCUUGCGAUGCAGGCCUGUGCUCAUACAACACUCGGCCGUCGUGCAGACUGAGAUACCCAUCCAGGCGCAGAUAAACGUGCGCACCAACAAUUCGCUGCUGCGGCAAAUGCAAGCCCAGCAGAGCAACGCAGGCAGUCAGACGUCUGCAGCUGCAGCUGCCGAUGAUGCAGCUGCCAACUCCACUCCAUCAACUGCCGCCACCAGCAGUCAGCGAACAACAAAUACAAGCACAGCAAACGCGCAAACGAGCACGGCUAAUGUGGCAAGUGGCAACACAGCCAAUGCACAAACUAACACGAGGGGGGGCCUGCCCAAUGUGUGGUUGAGGGGGGGCUUGCCCAGCGGGGUGCCCGGCAGUGGACUGUCAGGGGCCAACGAGGGAGCAAGUGGACAGCAGGGUAGGAAUAUUACAGCACCAAUGGUGAGUAGACCAGUGGGAAAGACACUGGGCCUGUUUUUAUGUAGGGGAGAGAAAUCUGAUGUAUGGAAGGAGCAGAUAGACAACGUGAAGGAAAUAGGAGGGAAAGAUGCAGGGAGAUUGAUAGAAGUGUUAGAAGAGAAUAAGGCUGUGUUCUCUGAUCAGCCGGGAAAAGUGGCGAAUUUUGAAUGCAAGUUGCAAGUGAGAGAAGGGGUGCAAUUUUGUAGACGGUCAUAUUCGGUGCCUCAAAGUGUGAAAGCAGCAGUGGCUAGAGAAGUGAAAAGCAUGCUGGAAAAUGACAUAAUUGAAUUGGGAGAGAGCGAGUUCAGCAGUCCCCUUGUAGUGGUUCCUAAGAAGGAUGGAAGUGUACGUUUGUGCCUGGAUGCUCGUCAAUUAUUUUUUGUUACACUAUAUUCCUUUCCUACUUUAUUGUCUAUACUAAUUGCCUACUCAAUUGACGUUUCUUAUUUUUUUGUUACAGUAGUGGGAGGCAGUAUACCGUGGGGCGCGACCGCACAAAACCCGGGCGACUUCAUUCAGAGUCUGAUGCAGGCGUUGACUGGCCAAUUGGUUGGGGCCACCACUAGUCCCACUGGCACGCCAGCUACUGGCGCCAGCGCUACAGGCACGACAACUGGCACAACAGCUGGCACUACAACUGGUACGACAAGUGGCACAACAGGUGGCACAGGCGCGCAGGCGUCGCAGGCACGUGGCAACACUGCCACUCAUCCCACCACCUCGACGCAGACCCGCUCCACAGCUAGGCCGCAUGUGCAUUUCGGCACCAGCAUGCCAGGACUGGGUUCGAAUGACUUUGACCCGUACCUACCGUGCAACUCACACCACGUGACCAGGCGGAAUCAGCAGCGGCGAGCCAGGGCAGCCACCAUCCCAGCCUUCAACCCAGCAGGGCCCAACAGCAGCAGCAACAGCCAAUCAGCGGCGAGCAGUUCAGCGGGUGGCGAUCGGGCGUCGACCAAUGGCAGCGAAGCAUCGCAGACGGCCGCAGGCGGUGGCAGACUGCCGUCUUCGGAAGUACUCAUGAAUCUGUCGCUGCUGGUGCUGGAGAACUUGAAUCGCCAAUAUGGCGGCGGUGCUAGACCUAGCAAUGCUAGUGCAGCCAGCAGUGGGGCUAGGAGUGAAGGAGCUACUGCUGCUGGUAGUCCAGUGCUAGGUGGCUCAGUGAUGCGUCCGGUUGUGGAGAUCUCGUCAGGCAUAGUUCCCAUCAAUCACCUGAUUCCACUGCUGGCUGGCGCCGGCCAUGGCCUGUUUGCGGCUGCUACGGGAACCGGACAUCCGCUACAGUUCCAGAACCUGUUGUCAGCUGGUCCCCAUGCUACCCUUGCCUCUCUGCUGCCCCCCGACAUGGUCGACCCCCAGAACCCACCCGAAUCCAUCCUGGCUGACCUCUUUGUCACUCUCGCCGCCAACCUCACAUUGGCCGAUCUCGCCGCUAUGGCCAUGGAUUCACACCAGUUGAGCGCGACUAGUGGUCUGCAACAAGCGAGACCUGCCCUGCAACGUGUGGUGCGCACUAGACUUCUGCGCAACCAACCUUUGAAUGAGACCACUGCUACACGCGCCACCGAAAUCAUCAAUGCUGAGAUAAGGCCGCAUCUGGAGGUCAUGCUGCGCGAGUUAAACCUCAGAGAAGAUAUAGAUGUAGUAGCAACAAUUAGUCAAUUGAACCACCGCUUAUUCCCAAGAAUGCUAUCUGCCAUCAUGGAAGGAUCUAAUUUCCAAACUGCCAUAGUGGUUGAGUGCUACAUGUACGUCCGCCAUAUCUGCGCCAUCAUGGAGUACUGCUGUGCACAGGUUGCCCAAGGAAUGGAUCAUAUUAUCAGACGGAUUUUGGAUAACGUGGCAUUAGGCGUUCCGGGCGCAUCUCGUACAAUAGAGAGCUUGUGGAGGUUUCUGGCUCGCACGACCCUCAUGUCGGAUGACGACAUCCAGCGCUUCAUUGUCUACCGCAGGCCCGAUGUCCAGAGGGGGGCAGAUACCGAAACUCCCAGUGAUGCUGCUGGUGCUGCUGCUCCUGAGCAGCAACAGCCAAUGGAAGUGGAAGUGGAUAGUGGGGUGGCAGGAUCGAGGGAAGGGGGAGCUGUGGCCGCCCCCUCGCAGGAGGCAGUUUCCGCCUCUGCACCGCCACCAACCUCUGCCCCUGUCCCCGCCCCCGCCACUGACAUCGUCCCACAAGUGGAGGUGGCUUCCGACGCACUGCCCGACGUCAUUAUUGGAUCCGAGACCUGGCAUAGUUCGCUGCCGUCUGACUGGGUGCCAAUAAUCACAAGAGACACACAGAGACAGCGCAGACAAAGUUCGCAGCCGCCCUUCAGUGACGCCUACCUGUCAGGGAUGCCAUCGAAGAGGAGGAAGAUUAUUACAGCCGCCAAGCCACAGGGCAGUCUCUCACAGGUCAUUUCCGAGAACAUGCAGACGGCAGUGAGUUUGGCGGGAGUAGUGGCGCCGGGCGUCGAGACGGCAACAGUCGCACAGGACGCGAGCGGUGACGCCAGUCUGCGAUUGGCCUACCGAGACGAGGUGCGCAGUAGUGUACGGCGCAGCCUCCAGUCGCACCCUGACUACUCGCCUGACAAGUACCCCAAUGCGGCCAAGUAUUUCGACGCCAAGUGAUAGACAUGAUUCUGAACUCGAAUUCAAUCUACAGUUAUCUUUUGUUGAAGAAUUCCAAUUAAAACUCCAAUCAUGUUUGGUUGAAGAACUCGAAUUUAAUCUACAACCAUGUGUGGUUGAGAACUCUAUUUUAUCUCCAAUCAUGUUUGGUUAAAAAACAUGUUCAGUUCUAUUCUUGAAAAUACAGUGUUUAAAGUUACAGGAAUAUGUUUCAGUGUUCUUGUUUAAUUCAUGUUGUGUUAAUCAAUAGUAGGCUAAUUGUAGUUUUGCAAUGAAAGUUUUAGCGAUACAUUAUCCUCAUUCGACCUGCUAGCAUAUUUGAAACAAUUGGACUGACGAUUAUGGUGUAGUGUUCAUGUUUGUAUAUAUCAGUUUCAGUUCAUUCUCUCUUGACGUAGUUGAGUGAAUAUUCGAAUGUUAAGUAAUAGAUAAAUAUACAGGAGCAGUAGAAGAAAAAGAGAUUUUGAUGUCAAGGAAUUUCGAUAUCGAAUUGAAGUUUGUAUAUUUUCUAAUUGAAAUCCACUUUGUUUGAUUAAAGUUUAUUAACAUUUAAUAUGUUUAUAAAUUCUAUUAUAUUGUAUGUUUAUAUAUUCUAAUUCCUUCUUCAAUAUUAUGUGUUAAAUUGAUUCCCAAUAACUUUUGGUCGGGAAAAUGAAUUUCAAUUUUAUUCUUGAAUAUACUUGGUAGUUGCAUUCAAGAGAUAUCAUUCUCCUCCAAUUUGCUGGCUUAUCUUAAACAAUAUUAGACUGACGAUUAUUGUGCUACCUUGACGUUUUUAUAUUUUGAAGUCAAGAUUCUUAUUGUGUGAUUGAAAAUUAGUAAAUUGUUUCAUCAGACUUUUUCAUUUGAAGCUACUCAUUUAAAUCCAGUUAAUUCAGCUCAAACAACUGUACUGCUGCUGUCUCACUGGUGACCCAGCCUAGUUGGCGUAGUUUACUUCAUACAAUACGGGCUUUAAAGUGUCGAGUGAUGCUUUGUGUUUUGAAUUUGAAGAUUCUCUUUCAUUUACUCACUUUUAGAUAAUUUCAAAUUGAGGCUCCAUUUUUGUUUGAUUAAUGGUUACAAAACUCCUAACCGUUGAGGAACAUUUUUGUGCUGUGCCUGUAGGUUCUCUCCCAAUGAUUUUAAUGAAUUGUUUAUAAUUGAAUCAAUCAACUAUCUCUUGCUGCUAUUUGUUAAUUAUAUUUAUUCAAUCCAAAUAUAUGAAAUACAAGAGUGAAUAUUUAAAUUAUUCAAACUACUUGAUCUGCAGCUUUAAAACCAUUAUUAUACUGUCUCGUUAAUAUUAUUACUAUUAUCAUGUAGAGUGUUGAUGUUUGUAUAUUUCCAAGAUGAUUUUCAACACCAAACAUUUUUGAUGUUAGGUUACAAAACUAUACUACAACUAAUCUUUAUUGGUGCAACAAUCAAGAACUUUAGAAACACAUUUUCCACUUGAUACUUUUAAUCGAAAUGAAGUAUUUAAUUAUGAUUGUUAAAACGUUUUUCCUCUCUUCUUACUUCAAGUACUGUAAGAAAUGUUUUAGUAUACUCACUUUAAUUAGAAUAAUAUUAAAUUGAUUGAUGUGUACAAUUUACAAUUUAUACGUGAUGAAGUUGUUUCAGCUACAUUAGAGCAGAGCAGAUUAUGAAGAUUAUUAAUUACUUUUAAAAGGUUUGAGUUUUAGGCCAACCUACUAUGAUACUACUACUACUACUACUGUCUAUAAACAUUGACUAUUGUAAGACUUAUUUAUAUUAUUUGACUAUGAUUAUUAACGAGUUAUAAUUCAAAUUCGUAUUUUAAUUUACAUUGAAAUGUGUUUUAUUUUAUGAAUAAAGCGAUAGCUUGACUAUUAUGAAGUAUUGAUUAUAUUUAUUUGUAUAAAGUUAUAAAUCAAACAAUAUUACAAUUAGUGAUUAAGUAUUUUGAGUUGUCACUUAUUGUUAGUUCAACCACUAUAACUUGAGAAUUAUGCGACUUGAUUCAUAAUAUUUGUCUGUAAAAAGUUUAAAAAUCAAUACAACAGUGUAAAAAUGGAAAAAUAUAAAAAAUUAUAUUG